UAUAUAUAUAUAUAUAAGAAACGUCCGAUGUUACAAGUAGGUCAGGCUAUGACGUGUGCAACGGCAAUCGAUAUAAUCUAAAUACGAUGAGUAUACUCUCGCGAGGGGUGAAGUAAUGCCACGGAAUAAACGCGCUUCGCUAAAUACGGAAGCAGAUUGGAUCGUUGUGCUUGCCAGUGGUACCCAUAUCGGGCAUGAACUGCCAUUGCUUGUUAAUGUCAAAUCAAACUUAAAAGUGCGCGAUACCGUUAAAUAAUACGAGUUCUAAGAGAACUUCCCUCUUUGUUCCCUUUUUUCUCCCGACGUUUUAGCAUGCAUUCUUAUUUCGCUUUAGACAUAGAAGAUAUGAAACUUUCAGUUGAAGAGAAACGAUUCAAGAUUCGGAAGUACGAAACAUUCAGGGCAUAACAAAAGGAGUCGAUCGGGAGGUGUUUGGAAUUUUCCAAGAAGCUUUCUCACGAUACGCAGCCUUCCGCGGUGGUAGAUUUAAUUGCAAGUAUUACACGCGCGACUAGAAUUGCAGGUAUUGAGAAACGUGGGCCGUUGAGAAACUCUGCGCCAAGGCACAGGUGAAGAAAUCGAUCCGAUACUCUCGUCUACACACGUGAUCCGCGCGCGCGUGCGGACGCGGCCGCGCGACUCGCGCACGGACUCGGCGGUGGCGGGUUACCUAGGACACCGUGUACAUACGAGGAGGGCCGCAUCGCGGACGACACUUCCGGCACAGUCGUGUCCUCCGUGACAGCGUCGAUGGGGCCAUGCACGUCGACGUUCGCGUCGCGACGUCCAACCCGGAGCACCGAACGAUAAUUCCCGUGUGCGUGAAGUUAAUCCGCAGGGACGACUCGAGGAUGUGAACAUCGUUGAAGAUUCAUCGAGGAACGUGAAACGUCGUGAGAUGUCAGCGUGAGCAAUCUCGAGACACCCGGGCACCUGAGAGCGAUCCGUCACCCCGUGACUCGGCAUGCUCCUACGUCGUCCUCCGGACUGAGCUUCCUGGUACGUGAGUCAGGAUCGCCGGAACCACCGGGCGGCCGGGCUGGCCUCCGCGGCGAGGAUGAGCGCCAAGAUAUCGGCGGCCGGCCGCGACGGCGCGGCACAGUCAACGGCGAGCCAUCGCACCGCGAGAUCGUCGCCCGUCAAGAGACCGCUGUCGCCGGAGGCCACUGGCAUCACAGAGAGAUCGUCGAAGCGUGCAGCCGUUUCGGAGCUGAAAUCGUCCUCGAACGGAGUUUCCGGCCGAUCGUUACCCGAAGAAGUCAGUGAGAUGCCAGUCCUAACGAGAGUUUGUUCCUCUGCGACAUUGCCGAGGUUCAAGAGAUUCCGAUUCCGACCCAUCGAUGCGCCGACCACAGGACCGUGCCACGACGUAAGCACCGACGUGAACUCUAACAACUACCAUCACCAUCCUCAUCAUCAUCAUCAUCAUUAUCAUCAUCAUCACUGUGGCCACAAUAAACACGACCAACGGUCUCUAGACCGAAUUCCAUCGUCCUCCUCGAUGUCUACCUUGCUAUGCUGCGAGCCAGUGUCGGCUGGCCGGCCUCGGGCCAAUCUGAAGCUCGUGCUGAACCGCAGCCUGAGCGAACCAGGACCGAGUCCCUGCGCCUUUCCAGCACCGCCGACUGCCUCGCCGAUCGCUGUUAACAACAACAAUCACAACAACAACAACAACAACAAUAACAACAAUAACGGUAAUAGCAAUCCUAUCGAACCACCUUCGAUCGUGAUCGACGAGGUGAACGGCGACGACGAAGACAACGACAACGUUCACCGUCGUGGCUUCCACCAUCUUCACUACCACCACCAUCAUCAUCAUCACCAUCUCCACCAUCUUCACCAUCAUCAGCACCUGUCGGUGACCACGAAGCGUUGCAAACUGGAGACCGCCAGCCUGCCUACCAGUCCCUGCGCCGAGAACGGUCUUCAUCGCCAGCUAGUGCUAAGCAAGACCCGUGUGAUCACCGCCGAUGAUCUCGCCCAGCGUCUCGCGCAUCUCGAGCGACCGUCCACCGCCGUUCCACCAGUGAUUCUGGAUUGCAGACCGUUCAUACUGUACAAUGUCAAUCACGUGCGCGGCGCCAUCAACGUCAAUUGCUCGGAUCGCUUCAACCGACGCAGGCUCCAGCUGGGAAAAGCCACUCUCGCCGAUCUCGCAACCGCCCGCGAGGGCAAGGAGCUGCUCAGGAAGAGGCAGUUCAAGGAAGUCAUAGUGUACGACGACUGUACGGACGACUUGGAACACCUGCCCGCUCAGCACCCGUUAUUUCUGGUGCUCGCUGCACUCGUGGAUGAUGACCGGGAGCCGGCUCUGCUGAUCGGUGGUCAUCGGGAAUUUCACAAGCGGCACCGAAAGCUAUGCGAGGACACGCUUCUGCCGAACGGAGCCGCAGCUGCCGCGGUCGCCGAUCCAUCGAUGACGACGGUGAGCGGCUGCACGAGUCCUGGGCCAGGCUGUCCGGUGCUGAGCAUCUCCGGCCCGCCGACCCCGCAGCCGGCCGACAUCGACAGCCACCCGGCGUCCCGCGUCCUGCCCUUCCUUUAUCUCGGUAACGGCAGGGACGCCGCCGAUCUGCAGCUACUACGCGCCCUCGGCGCCACCCGGGUGCUGAACGUCACCUCCCAGCUGCCCGGCUACCACGAAGAAAGGGGUAUCACGUACAGGCAGAUACCUGCCUCGGACUCUGGCCAUCAGAACCUCAAGCAGUACUUCGAGGAAGCAUUCGAUUUUAUCGAGGAAGCGCGGAAGGCCGGAAGCAGCGUGCUGGUGCACUGUCAAGCUGGAGUGUCGCGCAGUGCGACGAUCGCGAUCGCUUAUAUAAUGCGGCAUAAAGGUCUGUCGAUGGGGGAGGCGUACAGACUAGUGAAGAACGCGCGUCCGAUUAUCAGCCCGAACCUGAACUUCAUGGGUCAGCUGCUGGAGCUUGAGCAGGGCCUGAAGGCGUCCGGUGACGUCGCCAACUCCACACCGGAGGAAUCCACGACGGCGACGACAACGUCAACGAUGACGACAACGUCGACGACGACGGCGGCGACGACGACGACGACGACAACGACGACAACGGGUAGUUGUCACCAGUGCAGGUGGAGUCACCAACCGAAUAGCGAGGAGGUCGUUACCUCCGGCUGCAGCGUCUGAGACCGGGCCUCUCUCUCGUAUCUUCUUCUUCGCUUCGAUCUCUAUCUAGAAUACCGGAUCGUCGGCGACGGCGUCGGUGCGUCGCGAUGGCGCAAAACAUAUCCCGAGAGAUCAUCGAGAGCGAACGACGACAUCCCUCCUGCGUAUUCCUCGCGACCGGAUGACGAAUGAACGCAAUUCGCGGGAUUGGAUCGCCGACCGUUUAAGGAUAUCACACAAGGAUAUCAGAUUCAACCGUAGGAGAAUUCUACAAAGACGAACGAUGAUGCUCUCUCGGCAUCCUCUCUUGAAAUCCCAGAAUGCGGAUCUAUGGAAUAUUCGGUUUUCUCACGGCUCACGACAUCUAAUUUGUCGUGUUUUUCACUUCAGACCUCUUAGCCUAGAAAUUAUUGGCUUUUAAGUUUCUUUUUUUUUUUUUUUUUUUUUU